CCAGGAUUGAUUUCGAAUUGGCGGGACCCUUGAACGUCGGGAAAGGAUAGGACACAUGCGUAUAUAAGUUGGCUCCUGUGCCUGACCAUUCAUCGUCCAACCUAUCCACCUCAAUCCACUCUGGAACAUCAUAAAUAAACAAGCACCAAGUGGCGCAACGCAUACGCCCAUCAAUCCAAACUCGUCAUCGACACACUUAGAGAUCAACCUCAUCAGGAUGAACACAAACCUUCUCCUGCUUCUCUUGGCCUGUCUUGCUGUCUUUUUCGGUGUUGUGCGCACAGCUCCGUACGAAUACGCUAUAUGGAAAAACGUCUGCUUCCCCGUGAAAACAUUGGAUUGUGGCGAUUAAUGCCCAGUCUCCCUCAGGUUACCUCAGUUAAAGAAGACGAUCGAGGGGAUGGAGGUGGAUCAGUCAACGGAACUCCUCAUCAACUUUCAUACAGCCUUCCUGUUUAUUCUUCCUAUUUAUCUGAAUACACCUCCGCUGCUACUCCUGGGUGGCCCGCAAUGUAAACAUGAAGAUUCCAGUGCGCAAUGUCAACCCCGAAGUGCACUUUUAAAAAAUUAAAAAUUGAGAAGAUG